CCACAAACAACGCCCCCUCACCGCAGCAAUGGACUUCAUCCAAACAGUAAAGCGCUUACAACCCAACUACCCCACCUGCAGCAUCUGCUCCCUCCUCAUAUGCACCCACACCCACCGCUUCUUCACCUACCACGGCUACCUCGAAUACCUGGACUCGACCAUCGAACCAGCAGCAGUGGGCCGAGAGGGAGAGAGACAGAUCUUCAUGACGAAUCUCGCAAAGGCCGAGUUUGGAUUUGAGCCCGAGGAUCGCGUGGAGUGGUGUACUGUGUGCUAUAACGACGGGCGUCUGAAGUUACAUCGCACGUUGACGAAGGAGGGGUAUGCGAGGUCUCUGAGGGAGAAGAGUGGAUUCGAGUCUGUUGAGGAGGCGGUGGCAAAGGCGGAUGAGGUGUAUGGGGAUGGUGCUGGGUUGGGGAGUCUCGAUGAUAUGGAAGCUGUUCUUGGUGGUCGUACCCUGGGCUAUGGAGCUGCGUUAGGGAGUCUCGAUCGUAUGGAAGCCACUCUUAGCGGGCAUACUCAGGGCUAUGGAAUUGCGUCAAUGAGUCUCGAUGGUAUGGAAGCUUCCUUAAGGGCUCUCGAUGAUAUGAAAGCCGCUCUCAGUGGUGGUACUCAGGGCUAUGGAGCUGAGUUAGGGGGGUUCGAUAAUGCAGAGACUACGUUUAGGCGUCUCGAUGAUAUGGAAGCUACGUUAAGGGAUCUCGAUGAUAUGGACGCCGCUCUUGGAAGCCCUACUAAGGGCUAUGGUGCCGGGUUGGGGAGUCUCGAAGAUAUUGAAGCUGCUCUCAGAGGUCGUAUUGGCGAUGGCGCAGAGUCAGGGAGUCUCGAUGACACGAAAGAUACUCUCUGGGUGCAUGCUCGAGGCGGUGGUGGUGAGUCGUAUGGCGAGGACGACUUUACUGGAGUAGCAGAUGAGGGGCGUGAGUACUAUACAAAAUUUGAUAGGUGCCUGGAGUGGGAUAUUCGGAAUGAGAUUAUCCGCCUCACGAGGAAAUGGGAAGAGGGACUUCCGGGAGUUAGUAAUAACAUCCGAGACUUCGAGACCUUCAGACAGGACAUAAAAGAUGAAUGGAUCCGAAAGGCCGACGGGUACCCAGAAUACCCAGAAACACGCCGCACUAUGCCUUGGGACGACAUGACCUGGGACCAGCUGCAAGACCUAGCACUAUCACCUGCGCCAAAACCACCACCACCAACAACACCCCCCACAAGCUUGCGAAGCAACACCCCCAACGGCCUAACCGACGAACAAUACGAAAAAGCUCGCCGCGACUACUUCAUAAGAUGGCAAGUAGCGUCGCAUCUCAAAUCCCCCGAGCGCAAGAACGAGCUGAAAGUACUCAUGGAAGCCUCGUGGAUCAAACGCGUCGGCGCCCGCGGCAUGGAAGACAACAUGCCCUGGCACAUCGACUUCUUCUCUAACCCCCAUCGUCCACUCGUCCAACCUCCUCACGACCCCUUGCAUCCUCCACCCGGUGGAUGGGUGUCCGAGGCCGACCAACUCCAGUUCCGAAAGGAGUGGGAGGACAUGGCGUUUGGGAAGGAUGGGAAGUUGAGUAAAGACCCGAUGCAGAGAUAUACUCUGGCAAGGCUUAUACAAGCAGCGUUCAUUACAGCGUUCGGAUCCCGCGGCGAGAGGCAGGUUAUGCCUUGGACUGCGGAUUUGGUACGCCCUGAACCUGUGCCGUCGGGCGACUCUGCGGGGGGGGAUGAUGGGAUGGGACAAUCGCAUCCGCUCCCGGAUACGAGCUUGGAGACUGAUUAUGCGACGUUGCGCUCGGAAUACGCGAUGAUCUUUAUUAACCGCAUCAGGGGGGAGGAUCAGGAGGAAAUAGAGAGGGUAGCGGGUGUGUUUCGCGAGGCGUGGGUGCAGGAGGUGGGGGUGAGGGCACACGAUGUUAGGAUGCCUUGGGAUGAGGUGUUAGGGAAGCAGACAGAUAGGGAGGUGAAACAGGAGGAGGUGCGGGAUGUGGUGGGUGGUGACGUGAAGGAAGAGGGGAGGGGGAGGGAUCGGGGUAGGUCGAGGCGGAGGAGGAAGGCUUUGCUCUGGACGAGGAGGAGAGGGGAGAGUGUGUGCGAGUUCCAUCCCCCCCGAAAACCCCUCCCCAAACAACCGCCACCUUCCUCCUCCACCCCACCACCACCACCCAACCCCCUCCGCCACCGCACCCUCCCCCUCCUCCUCGGCUCCCUAACUGCCUUCACCUUAGCCGGGUAUAGCAGCUACAUCUACGUCACCUACCGGCGCGCCACCUCCUCCUCCUCCCCCAAUGCCAUCCACAGCGUCCCCCUCGACGUCUCCGAACGAUACAACGACAUCGCCACCGAAUUCGACGGGGACGUGGAGUGGAUGGAGUGGUCUAUGGGGCUUUUGCAACUACGGAAGGAGAUGGCGGCGAAGGCAAGGGGGAGGGUGUGUGAGGUUAGUGUUGGGACGGGGAGGAAUAUGGGGUUUUAUGAGUUUGGGGGGGUGAUGACUGGGAAGAAAGGGGAGGGGAAGGGGAAGAAGGGAGAGGAGGGGGAAGGGGAAGAGGGAGGGAAAGUGACGAGUUUCACGGCGGUGGAUAAGUCGCCCCAGAUGAUUGCUGUGGCGAGGGAGAAGUUCUCUAGAGAGCAUCCUCGGGUUAGGGGCGUGCAGUGGGUUGUGCAAGACGCAUCGCUGCCUCUCCCGCCUCCGCCCUCUUCCACUUCCUCACCCUCCACCUCCACCUCACCCACCACCUCACUCACCACCUCGCCCCAGAAAUACGACACAAUCCUCCAAACCAUGGGCCUCUGCUCCACCCCCGCCCCCGCCUCUCUCCUCCUCAACCUCUCCAACCACCUCGCACCCGACGGCCGCAUCUUACUCUUAGAGCAUGGAAGGGGAUACUGGGGGUGGUUGAAUAAUAUCCUCGAUGCCCUGGCGCCGGGUCACGCGGAGAGGUUUGGGUGUUGGUGGAAUAGGGAGGUGGGUGGGAUUUUGGAGGAGGUUGAGAAGAUGGGGGGACUGAGGGUGGUGGAGGUGAGGAGGAGGAAUUGGGGGACUACUUGGUGGGUUGAGUUGAGGAGGGCUGAGGAUGAGGGGGAGGAGGAGGAGGGGGAGGGGGAGUGGAAGGGGGAGGGUGGGAAGAAGGAGUCUGUCGCUCGGUCAUGCCUUUGA